AUGUCGAGCGAGACAUCAACAGCAGGCCAGAAUGUCGCCGCUGCGCCCCAGGUCAAUGGAGCGAACAGUGUCCCCGAAAUCACGGUUGACCGCGCGUCCGCGCCCUCCACUCACGAAUCCAUACCUCCCCAGGGACAAUUGCUGACGGGCAAGCAAGAACAUUACCUCAAACGAGAACUCAUCGCAACUCAAGUCCAUGCCGAAAUCCAGGAAUUGAACAACCCUACUGCCCUCCAGCGUUUCGGUGCGCCCUUCCGUUCGGACUAUGGCGAAGUCUCCCCCAUGGACUCCGAGCUGCCGAUCCUCCGCUUCAUCUUUGUCAAUCAUGUGCGAAACUUUCCAUUUUUGGACAAGGCCAAAGAGAAGGAGUUCUGGCAGGACAAAGUCCAAGUGUUCCUCGAGUCGUUCGCCAGCAAGUAUAUUUCUUCCUCAGAGGACCGCCUCGAGGAAACGAAGAGGCGCAAGUUGGCCAGGAAAUGUGAGAAAUUGGUCGAGCUGAUGAUGGUCUCGGGGAUUCCCACGGCGUCGGGCUAUGAAGAGAGGAUCCGUUUUGCAGAGCUGGAAGUGGUCGAGCGAGGAGCCAAUGAACAAGGUCUCCUGGCCAACAUACCCGAGGGGAAUUUCAUCAAUGGUUGGGAUGUCAAUGUUGCAGGUGUCAGAUUCACCUCCGUCAAGCGAACCGUCCGCUACCACAAACACGCAGAGUUCCUGAUCCGCGUCAAGCGGCCCGACAAACCAGAGAUCUAUCUGGGAAGGAGAUAUGGUCAGUUCGCCAGGUUUCACAAGCGACUCCGCACUGAGAUGCCCGGUAAGGUGCUUCCACCACUCCCAAGAAAGAAUAAGUCGACCACUCUCUCCUCACUUAUGCCAGCAGGAGACGAUGAUGCUUCCUCCAUCUCGUCAGCGUCUACGGUCACCAGCGUAACUGAAGACUCUAGUUCCAUGAGGAAUCUGAUCCCCGGUCAUCGACGGGGCAAAUCAAGCAACUCUCUCAGCGCCAGUCCCGGAGCUGGAUCUCCAAAGAAUCGGACCUCACCCGGGUCUAGCUUAUCCAGAGACAGAAGCGUUAGCCCUCACCCCAUUCGGCUCCAUCGCGAAGACCAGAGAGUGUCGUUACGAGCUUUCUUGCGGACCCUCCUACAAAAUCCACAAAUCGCCGAGUCCAGAGCCAUGGCCGAGUUCCUGACCACGCAGCCUGUGACUCUGAACGAGGAAGAGCUAGACGAUAUUGAUCGCCGCAAAGAAAUGGAUGCCAGGCGCUUGGAGGAGCAGAAGAGGUUCUACGAGAUUGCGCGGCAACGGGCUGCUGAGCUUGACAUCUACAUGGAACAAUUCCGCAGAGAUAUUGUCGAGAGCAACGGCCUGACCAAGUUGUUUGCUGAGAUCCGGAACAAGGACAAGCUCGAAGAUCUCAGCCCUGAAUACCGGAAGUUUGCCGAAUGGUUGAGGAUCGAAGUGGCCGCCACCAUCUAUCACCUGUUCCUCGCCGAGGACAAUUCCCCUGAACUCUUCGCACAGGCGAGGCGUAUCCAUUCCCUGGUGCCGUACACAAUGCUGAAGAAUGUCAUCCGCAUAGCAAAUCCUGCCGCGGUUAUGUCAGGGGUAUUGGACCUGUUCUUGGCUCAGCCAUUUGGUGCGCGAUCGCUGUUACAGCGGAUCUUUUCCUUGACCCUGGCGGAUGGAAUCCGACAGUUCCAGCGAACUAUCGACGACUUGGUAUCCAAGAUUGGCGAUCCCGUCCUGACAAGCAAGAUCAAGGCAUUUGUCGACAGUUCCGAAGAGACCAAGACUCAGGUGCGACAGGAAGCUCAAAGUGAGGACGUGGACAUUGUGGUUGCUAUCUUGCGAUCAGAAAAGUUCCCGCCUGAUUUGAGUUCGUCGCAGAUCCAGCGGGUGUACAAUGCUUGGGUCGCAUGGAAUAGUGCAGUGGAAAGUCCCGACGAAGAGCUUAAGCAUGGAGCCGAGACGUUCUCUUACCUCAAGCAGCUCCUCAAGUUGAUGACUCGACAGCGCGACAAAACCAUGAUGGCCCAGAUGAUCGAAGAGCCUACGACGUUGCGUCUAUUCCGAGAUCUCUUCACCAUCUUCUACGAGCCGCUGAUUCGGGUCUAUAAGUCUGCCAAUGUAUACAGCAGCAUCACCGACUUUGCCCAAUUUGCCGACGACCUGAUCAAGACGGUAGAGGUCGCGCAGCGACAGGAUGUGUCGGCCGAUCCCAACCAGACGGUCCAGAUCUUCAUCGAUCUGUGUGCCCGGCAUGAGCACAACUUGUACAAAUUUGUUCACGAGGUUCACAACCAUGACGACGGCCUCUUUACUGCCUUGAUGGGGUGGAUUGAAGGCAUCCUGGACUUCUUGAGGAAAGGUCCGAAGGGAGGGAAACUGGACAUGAAUGCCAUCUUCCAGGGAGGGCUGGACAUGGGCGUGAUCGACAAGCAACAAGGCAUUCGAGAGAUCAACGCAUUGAUCAAGUGGCAAGAGGCUCGGAAGAAAUGGCACAAUGACAAAACGAGGCAGAAGAUGGCCGCCGAAGGGACCAACUCUGGGGAAGGGAUGCCGGGGAUGUCGUCGUUCAAGAGCAGUGACUUCGGGUUGCACGAGACGGAUCUCAUGGAUCUCCAGAUCUCAGAUGAAGAAGACGAGGACGAUACGGACGAGGAGGAAGCCGAAGACGACCUGGACCCAAUCCAAGCUGAACGACGACGAAGGAAAAAGGCGCAAGAUCGACUCCGCCGCACGGCCGGCGAACCCGUCAAGCCUGAAGUCCAGGAGAUUUUGAAGUUGCGAGAACCCUUCCUGGCCAUGCUGCGAGCUGUCUUGAGUGAAUGA